CAGCUCAUAACAUCACAAUGGUGUUCGACGGAGAAGACGCUGUUUUGGUUCUUAUAGUUUAUCGAUCUUAGUCACAACACAUAUGUCGUUUAAUAGAGUAAACAUCGUAAAUACUUGUUUGUAUCCGGACACAUUAGUCUGAGUGCACUUGGACGCGCUAGCCUGGUUAGCUCAGCUUAUUAGCGGAGUUUGAAGAUGCAAAACGUCCGUGAGGAACAUCUUCUCCCCGAGCAGCAGGGGUGGAGCUUCAGCAUGGUAAAGGAGGAGCCACAGACCUCCCACUUUAAAGAGGAAGAGGAGGAGCACAGCAUCAGUCAGGUGGGAGAGCAUCUCCAAAGGGUUGUGAAGAGUGAAGGUGAUGAGGUCAAAGGUGAGAGAGACCACUGUGGAGGACCACCGGCAGACAUGAGCUUAGCUCCACUAUCAGAUAGUGCCGAGAUGACGUCUCACUCUCCUGACUCUGAUGACGAUGAAGACUGUAAGGAUGCCAACACACCCUUGACAUGUUCUCACUGUGACAAAACCUUCAAAUACCCGAGUAAACUGAUAAGUCACAUGAGAACGCACACCGGAGAAAAACCCUUUUCCUGCUCGGUUUGUGGCAAAGGAUGCGCACAAAAAAACGACUUGAAAGCCCACAUGCAAACUCACACCGGAGUGAAACCUUUCCCAUGUCCGGUCUGCGAUAAAGGAUUUGCACGGAAGUACGUGUUAAAGCACCACAUGGAGUCUCACCCCGCCGUGGAAGAAACCUUCCCCUGUUCAGUCUGCGGUAAAGUCUUCUCGCAUGGCGACUAUUUAAAAAAACACACCAGGACGCACACCGGAGAAAAACCUUUCCCCUGCUCGAUAUGCGGCAAAAGUUUCGGGACCAGUCAGUUCAUGAAGGCUCACAUGAGAACACACACCGGAGAAAAACCCUUUUCCUGCUCAGUCUGCUGGAAAGGUUUCACGCAAAGACAGCACGUGAAAGAACACCAGAGGACGCACACCGGGGAAAAACCUCACGUCUGUUCAGUCUGUGGGAAAGCCUUUGCACGUCGUCACCAUUUGACAGCACACCUGAGGACACACACGGGGGAGAAAGUGUUGAGUUGUGGUGUGUGCGCUGGAAAGUUCUCCUCCAAGUCCCAGUGGAAGAAACACAAGUGUGCUGCUGACGACAACACGUGAAGAAAGAAACUAUAUUACAUAUUUCAUCUUCAAACUCAUACAUUUAUUAUUAUUAUUUUUUUUCAAAUAAUCAUUAACUUUAGAAUUUGAUGCCAGCAACACGUGACAAAGAAGUUGGGAAAGGUGGCAAUAAAUACUGAUAAAGUUGAGGACUGCUCAUCAAACACUUAUUUGCAACAUCCCACAGGUGUGCAGGCUAAUUGGGAACAGGUGGGUGCCAUGAUUGGCUAUAAAAGCAGCUUCCCAGUCUUUCACAAGAAAGGAUGGGGCGAGGUACACCCCUUUGUCCACAACUGUGUGAGCAAAUAGUCAAACAGUUUAAGAACAACCUUUCUCAAAGUGACAUUGCAAGAAAUGUAGGGAUUUCAACAUCUACGCUCCAUAAUAUCAUCAAAAGGUUCAGAGAAUCUGGAGAAAUCACUCCACGUAAGCAGCAUGGCCGGAAACCAACAUUGAAUGACCGUGACCUUCGAUCCCUCAGACCGACAUCAAUCUCUAAAGGAUAUCACCACAUAGGCUCAGGAACACUUCAGAAAACCACUCUCACUAAAUACAGUUGGUCGCUACAUCUGUAAGUGCAAGUUAAAGCUCUACUAUGCAAAGCGAAAGCCAUUUAUCAACAACAUCCAGAAACGCCGCCGGCUUCUCUGGGCCCGAAAUCAUCUAAGAUGGGGUGUAAAAGUGUUCUGUGGUCUGACGAGUCCGCAUUUCAAAUUGUUUUUGGAAAUAUUUGACACAGUGUCAUCCGCACCAAAAGGGAAGCGAACCAUCCAGACUGUUAUAGGCGCAAAGUGUAAAAGCCAGCAUGUGUGAUGGUAUGGGGGUGCAUUAGUGCCCAAGGCAUGGGUAACUUACACAUGUGUGAUGGUAUGGGGGUGUAUUAGUGAACAAGGCAUGGGUAACUUACACAUCUGUGAAGGCACCAUUAAUGCUGAAAGGUACAUACAGGUUUUGGAUCAACAUAUGUUGUCGUCCAAGCAAUGUUAUCAUGGACGCCCCUGCUUAUUUCAGCAAGACAAUCCCAAGCCACAUGUUACAACAGCGUGGGUUCGUAGUUAAAGAGUGCGGGUACUUUCCUGUGAAGGCACCAUUAAAGGGGAACAUUAUCACAAUUUCAGAAGGGUUAAAAACAAUAACAAUCAGUUCCCAGUG